AUGUCGAACAUCAGAUGUCGUAGAACAUGCCGACGGCAUGUGCGAGCGAGUCCAUUCAAGUCGUUCCAUUGACAUCAAACUCCUGGGAACCAACGAUGAGAACGCUGAUGAGAAAAGGAUGGACAACAGAAUCCCUCUUCCUUAUUAUCCUCCCUUUGCGCUCGCUUCAGCCAAGGCUUGGCAGCUUACGAACGUAAUUGGGGAAACGCCUCCAACGGUCCUCGAGCUGAAAACAGCGAUAAAGUCAGUACUAACAAAAUGCGGCCGUCAUUUGCUGCGUCGUUGUUAAUGAUGCACUCUGUCCCCCUGGCUUCGCACCCGCUUCGUAUUCCUCAUAUUUCCCCUUUUAGAUUAGGUAGGUUCAGCUCGAGGGCCUAGCGACGACCGAUGCAAAUCUUCCUCAGGGUUUAUCAAUCAAAAUAUCAGUCAUGAGCGCCGACGACAAUGACCUCGUGGAGGCCGAGCCGCUUCUUUCAGGCGAGGAGCGCGACUCGAUCGGGAUCGAUGCCACACCAACCGAACCGGAAGACAACGGGCAGAGCAGGAAGCAUGGCCAGUGCGGACUUUCUGGCCGUUUUCAAGCGCAGAAGCGCACGACCAUCGUGGUGCUGCUGGCGGUCCUCAUGUUCACCAUCACGACGAGCGGCAUGCUGAUCCUGAUUCCCCUCUUCCGGUUGAUGGAGGACGCCAUCUGCCACCGCCACUACGGCAAGCCCAUGUCCGAGCCCAUCGAGGAGCGGCUGUGCAAGGUUGAGGGCGUCCAGCAGGAGCUCGCCUAUCUCGGCGGCUUGUCGGCCAUGGUCCACUCGAUCGUCGGCGUGGUCGCGGUACUCCCGUACGGUGUGUUUGCGGAUCGAGUCGGCCGCAAACCAGCGUUUCUUCUCUCGUACCUCGGUAUCAACCUCGGAUUUGCCUGGGGACCUUUGAUGCUGGCCGUCGGCGAGAUGCCCCGGCCCCAGUUGGCCGUGAUAGGCUCCCUGUUCUUCCUCAUUGGCGGCGGGAUCCCGGUCGCCUUGAAUACGCUGAAUGCCAUGGCGUCGGAUGUCAGUGCCGAGGCCGAAAAGGCAACUGCCUUUCUCUACCUCUCCUUUGGAGCGGUUUGCGGAGGGCUCAUCGGACCUGUCACAGCGGGAUUAAUUAUGGAACACCUUGGUCCUUGGUUUCCUAUCCUGACCGUGUUGGGCAUAUCGCCCUUCGUCUUCGGCUUGCUGCUGUUCAUCCCAGAGACGCUUCCUAUCAAGCGCCGCGAGGCCACGGAACAGGAAAACCAGCCGCGUCUGGCGAACAGGCUACGCGAAGCCAGGAGAGAGCUGGGCGUAUCGCUCUCCCUGCUGAAGAACCCCAACAUCGCGCUCUCUCUCCCAGCGUUCUUGAUCCAGCCAGCACUGUUUGCGGCCUAUUCGUCUACCCUGGCCCAGCAUAUCAGCACCUACUUUGGCUGGAGCCUUGCACAAACAAACUACCUACUCUCCCCUUUAGGGGUUCUACAACUGGUCGUAAUUGUCCUGCUUCCAAGGGCGUCGGGCCUCCUGACAAAUACGUCGGGACGCUUCCGGCUCUCGGUCUUCGCCAAGGAUCUUCUGCUCACCAAGAUCUCGCUGCUGUUCCUCAUCGCCGGAGCGCUUAUCGAGGGCUUCAGUAGGGAAAUCGUGCUGUUUAUCGUGGGGCUUACCGUCGGCACCUUUGGCGGCUCACACGGGCCGCUGUGUCGAGCCGUGGCGACCACAUACGUCGGGCCUCAACAGACGUCGAGGCUGUAUGCCCUGAUCAGCAUGCUAGAGACGGGCGGGGCGGUUCUUGGAGGGCCCAUGCUGGCUUGGUGCUUCAACACCGGCUUGAUGAAAAAGGGGUUGUGGGUCGGCCUGCCGUGGUUCUACGUGGCUGGCCUUGUGGUCGUUGCGCUCGGAUGCUUGGUGUUCCUGCGCGAGCCGAAGGAAAGCUUCCCGAAGGUGGAUUCGGAGGAUGAGGUGAAUGGUGAUCUUGGAUACCAGUCAGCAGAAGAACAGGUUUGAGGAAUCUGGAUGUCGAGGGAAGCGUUUCGAGCAUUGCCAAAUCACGAGACUGGUGUUUCCGUCACAACGCCGUCCAAGAUCUAAGCUGACGACUCACUCUUGCGAAUACGGUCACACCGCUUGACCUUGCUAAAGUAUGAAAAUGUGGCCGAAGUCUUAGAUUAUUAUGGCCCUCCCGUCCUGAGCAGGGCGCGAUCGGCAGUACCUGAAUGCAUUUCCCAGCUCUGGACAGGAGAGGACUGUGCGCCCUUCGCUGGAUUGAUACGGGACGUUCAAAAAGAGCCAAUUCUCGCUGGGCCUCCUAAAACGGCG